AUGAAUUAGGAGGAAUAACCUAAAGACUCAAUUGAGCAGGAAUCAGAUGAGAACGAAAAGAAAGAUCAAGUCCAGCCACAGGAACAAAAGAAGAAAAAGAAGAAAAAUAAGAAGAAAAAGAAAUGGGGAGAGGAGGAGGAAAUACUUACAGAUUUCGAUGAUGAUUGGCAAAAUAAAGUUAAAUAAUCUAAAAUCUUGUAAGACCCAGAUUUACCUCAACAUAUUAAGGAGAAAUAUGCUAUUUAUGAAAAUAAUCCAUUCAUGAUGAUUAUUUCAAAUGUGCCUCUAAAUGUGUAAUUAAAAGAACUGGAAGAAUAUUUUAAUACUCUCAUCACUUCACUUGAUCCUAAAAUAAAUGACAGACCAAUCAAAUCAAUUGAAUAUGGUGCAACCAAGUCUUGGGUUGUAUUAGAGUGCAGUUCUAAGGAAGCAAAAAGAGCCUUAGUGACUCAGGACUAAGUUUAAUUUGUCAAUAAUUGCAAAAUUAAGGUGGAAAGACCCAGAAAAUUUUUGGAGAGAAUCCUCAAUCCAUAAGCAAGGGAUGGUGAACUGAAUCCAGAAUAGAAGUAGGAGGACAAUACCAGAUUAUAUUUGGGUGGAUUGCCUACUUAUCUGAGGGAUGAAGAUGUGAUGAAAUUAAUUCAAUCCUUUGGAAUAACCAAGUAUUUCAAUCUCGUUAAGGACACUACUUCAAAUACAGAAAUCUCAAAGGGAUACUGUUUCUUUGAAUAUGAAAGCGCUUAGUCUACUGCCAAGGCUCUGAAAGCACUCAAUAACUUGUAGAUUGGGGAUAGGAAAUUGAAGAUUUGCAAGGUUCAAGGGGAAACUCAAUAAAAUAAAAAAAUAAAUGGCAAGGAUCAGCCAUCCAAUUAUGCAGGUUCAUUCCUAGCUUCUUGCGACUUACUAAGAAUACCUUAGGUUCAAUAGAUGCUCACAAUUCCAUAAUCAGCCUUGAUACCUAGUAAGGUUGUUCAAUUUUUGAAUAUGUGUUCCAUUUAGGAUCUAUACGAGGAUGACAUCUUCGAGGAGUUGAUGGAAGAUAUAAGGAGUGAGUGCGUACGUUAUGGAUAAAUCGAGAAAAUAGAGAUUCCAAGACCUGACAAGGAAUCAGGUUUCUGUAAUCCUGCUGUUGGGAAAAUAUUUGUUAAGUUUUAUUAUUAGAUUCCGGCCAAAAAGGCCAAGUUCCAUUUGGCUGGACGCACUUAUAAUAAGAGAACUGUUAUUACUUCAUUCUACCCUGAAGAAUAAUUUGAUUAUAAAGACUAUUUGAUAAAUGGGUGA